AUGAAGCUGUGGAGGCGCAAUGCAGAUUCUUUCAACUUUCGAGUGUCAAACAAGCGGUUUGUGGGAUUGCAUGUCACGCCUGGGAAACAACAAGAUAGUAGCAAAGAGACUUACCUGGAUCACUGGAACUCUUACAUCACCGAAGAAGAUUUCAGAUUCAUGUCGUCCAACGGCUUGAAUGCUGUGGAACUGAGGAUCCCAGUUGGUUGGUGGAUUAAAUAUGAUCAAACACCUCCAAAACCCUUUGUUGGAGGAUCACUUCAAGCCUUGGAAAAUGCUUUCACUUGGGCACAAAACACUGGAAUGAAGGUGAUUAUAGACCUACAUGCUGUCAAUGGUUCCCAAAGCGGCAAUGGUCACAGUGGAACAAGAGAUGGCUUUCAGGAAUGGGGAGAUGAACAUAUAGACGAGACUGUGGAAGUUAUAGAUUUCUGUACGUGCAGAUUUGCUAAUCACCCAGCUCUUGCAGCCAUUGAGUUGCUGAAUGAGCCUCGAACACCAGGUGUGACUCUAGACUCUGAGAACCUAAAAAGGUAUUACAGAGCAGGUUAUGCUGCAGUGAGGAAGUACGAUCAAAAUGCCUAUGUGAUCCUGUCAAACCGAUUGGGAUCACCAUCAGACCCAACGGAGCUUCUCCAAUUUGCUCAAAGCUUCAAGAAUGUAGUUAUAGAUGUGCAUUACUAG